ACACGUUACGAUCGGUGUGAGCCAAACAGAGCACGCAAAAGACCUCUCUUGCAGGAAAAUACGGACGACGUCCACGCAAGCCUACUUUACGCUUCGGCAAACGACUACUGACCAUGUCUCUCGUUGUUCCCGAGGCUCACCAGCAGUUCCAACACAUUCUUCGACUUUUGAACACCAACGUCGAUGGAAAGCGCAAAAUCAUGUACGCGCUGACUGAGAUCAAGGGUGUUGGGCGACGAUACUCCAACUUGGUGUGCAAAAAGGCUGAUGUUGAUCUCAACAAGCGUGCCGGAGAGCUCAACUCUGAUGAGCUAGAGCGAAUUGUGACGAUCAUCCAAAACCCUACACAGUUCAAGAUUCCUACGUGGUUCUUGAACAGACAAAAGGACAUUGUGGACGGCAAAAACUCGCAGAUUCUGUCUAACGGAGUUGACUCCAAGUUGCGUGAUGACCUUGAGCGGCUGAAGAAGAUUCGGGCUCAUCGUGGAUUGCGACACUAUUGGGGUCUUCGUGUACGUGGACAACACACCAAGACGACUGGCCGCCGUGGCAAGACUGUUGGUGUGUCAAAGAAGCGUGGUUAGAUACUAGGAUGUUUAUGUCUGUCAUUGAAUCUAUGCCGUUUCGUAGCACGUGAUGUAGAAGAUUCGCGUAAAGACGUGAAGUGUGUGUGAA